GAGAAAUGAUAAUCGAUAUCGAAUCGACAUCAAAUCGAUUCAUAUCGAUUCUAUUAUCAUUUCUCGCAGAGUGAAUAAUUCUGAAAAAUAUUCCAAUUCGUAUAAAAAUUAUGAGAAAUUUUCAGCAAAGUAGAAAAAUUAUAUUCCGUUUUUUUAUUUUAAUAUUAUUUGUUUUUAUUUUAUCAAUACUUGAGUCGAAAAAUAUACUGGGCAAUCUUAGCUGGUAGAGAGAUGGAUGAUCGUAAAAGCGUGCAAUCUCCCGUUUUCGCGGAAACCGGACGGGGGAUGCGCACGCACGGAUCCAAAAUGUGUGUGUGUGUAUGGCCCCGGUUGAUCUCGUCGGAGCGAAUGGCCGGCUCGCGCGCGUGCAAUUAGCGGGAUCGGCGGGUGUAACAGGCCGUGCCAACGGCGCCGCGCGUCCUUCAAACGUUCCCUAUCGAUUCUCGCGGGCCGUAUAUUACAUCGUGGCUCGCGCCGAGGCAUGCUAGUCGACGUUAUCACGUCGGCAUUGUCAUCAGCGAUGAUGCGGUCGUCGUCGGAUCGGAUAGCGAGAAUCCCGUGCAAAAUGCAGAAAGUGCAGAAGGUGAGUGCAACUGGAAGCGUGAGCGGAGCUGGGGUGACAGGGAGCGAUCGAGAGAGCAGCGGCGAGCAGUACCUCCCGGAGCGAGCGCACGCGAGCGGUCCUCACUUCGAGAUGUCAAUGGACGACGACGGCGGGACGUGCUGUAACUCGUGGCAGAACGGCAUCGUUCAGCCGCUGCUCACAGACUUGUAUCAAAUUACUAUGGCUUAUGCCUACUGGAAGAGUGGCAAAAUGAACGAUCAUGCUGUGUUCGAUUUGUUCUUCCGCAAGAAUCCCUUUCAGGGAGAAUUCACGAUCUUCGCUGGUCUUGAGGAAUGCAUAAAGUUUUUAAAUAAAUUUCAUUAUUCCUCUAGUGAUAUCAAGUACCUGAAGUCGACUAUGCCUGCUACAGUAGACCAAAGAUUCUUUGAUUAUCUGCAAAGUCUUACUGCAAAUAAUGUCACGAUAUAUGCUAUUGAUGAAGGAUCUGUUGUUUUUCCAAGAGUUCCUUUGGUAAGAGUAGAAGGGCCAUUGAUAAUAGUGCAGCUGUUAGAAACAACCCUGUUAACGUUAGUCAACUACGCGAGUCUAAUGGCGACUAACGCGGCGAGAUAUCGUAUGGUCGCCGGGAAAAAUAUAACAUUACUUGAAUUUGGUCUUCGCAGAGCGCAAGGACCUGAUGGAGGAUUGAGCGCGUCUAAGUACAGCUAUGUUGGCGGGUUUGAUGGAACUAGUAAUGUCUUGGCUGGAAAGUUGUUCAAUAUACCUGUAUGUGGUACACAUGCACAUUCAUACAUUACAUCUUUCACCAGCAUCAGCGAUCUGCACGAGAAAACACUGGAGCAUAAGCAAACGGGCGACAUUUUAGAUGUAUUGGAACUUGCUUGUAAGCACCGCGAGGCUAUUGCUAACGAUUUGGAAGCUAUAGCUUCGCAGGCGUCUGAUGGAGAAUUGGCGGCUUUGAUCAGUUAUGCCGUCGCUUAUCCAGAACGAUUCACUGCUCUUAUAGACACAUAUGAUGUUAAGAGCAUUGAGACGUCGGCCAAGGGGCAGGCACAAGUGGCCAGCCUAAACGUAAAGAAUAAACUUCUAAAUAAGGGGUCCAAUACACACGCCCAAAACCGUGUGAGAAACAACCCAUUUAUAUCAGAAUCGACUUCGCAACUUCGCAAGAAUGGCUUUUUAAGACGAGGCGAAUUGGGUGAGCUCUAUGUGAGGAGCGGUCUGCUAAACUUCUGUGCGGUAGCAUUAGCUUUGAACGACUUAGGAUACAGAGCCAUUGGUAUCAGGAUCGAUAGUGGCGAUUUAGCGUAUCUCAGUAACGUGGCAAGGGAGAUUUUUGAGAAAAUUGCUAUCAAGUACGACAUACCGUGGUUUGCAAAAUUGAUGAUUUGCGCAUCCAACGACAUCAACGAGGAGACAAUAAUAAGCUUGAACGAGCAGGAUAUUUUUCAGAGUCACAAAAUUGAUUGCUUCGGAAUCGGAACGCAUCUCGUGACGUGUCAAAGGCAACCAGCACUGGGCUGCGUUUACAAAAUGGUGGAAAUCAAUAACGAGCCAAGGAUCAAACUCAGUCAAGAGGUUGGAAAAGUCACAAUACCAGGCAAGAAGGAUGCCUAUAGACUAUACGGAUCUGAUGGUUACGCAUUGAUAGAUCUCUUGCUGAAAACAACAGAGGAACCACCCCAAGAGAUGCAGAAAGUUCUUUGUAGGCAUCCGUUUCAACAAACGAAAAGGGCUAAUGUUACACCAUCCCGAGUAGAGUCUCUACACAAGAUAUAUUGGAAAGAUGGCAAACUGUGUCAGCCAUUACCUACAUUGCAAGAAAUUCGCAACAGAGUACAAGAAUCCCUCAAUACAUUGCGUAACGAUCAUAAAAGGAAUUUAAAUCCAACACCAUAUAAGGUAGCUGUUAGUGAUACUUUAUAUAGAUUUAUUGACGAAUUGUGGUCUCAAAAUGCACCGAUUGGAGAAUUACGGUGAAGCAUACUACUCUUAUACAAGAGUAUUGUUAAACUAGUCUCUAGCAGUUAUAAAUGCAGAGUAAUAACAGAAUUAGGAUUCACAGAUACUUAUACAAACAGAAUGCAUAAUAAAUAUUUUCUCUAAGAGCAAUGACAACGUACUGUCGUCGUGUGUGCACUGUAAACACGAUUGCGCCGUAGAACAUACUACGAGAGAGAAAGAGGAGAGCGAAGAUUCUAAGAGAUAUUUUUUACAUUUUCAUUGUUAAAAAUAUCGAAUUAUAUUAUCGUGGCAACAGUAUAUUUUGGUAAAUUUUGCGCAAAUUGUAUUAUAACAUAUUUAUGUAUAGUUUUACACGAUUAAUAUAGGCGAGAUAUUCCGUUACAGAAGUCUAUUUACGAACUGUAGCUUUGUCGCGUGCACACAUAUACAUAUUCUUAUUCCUACUAAAAAAAAGUACAAAAUAGUGUACAAAAAAAGUAUAUGUGUGUGUGUGCGAUUUUAGGCGUGCACAACUCAAAUUUCCGAAUAAUAAUUAAUUUUCUAGAACUAGUCUAGGUUAUAUAUAUAUAUAUGUAUACAUGGUUGAAAAGUACUUCGAAAAAUGGCAAUAUACGGUAGCGUAAUUGUUUCACAUUUCUUUAUCUCGAUCACAUUAUUGUUGCAUUACUGGUCUUUCUCUUCUUUUUCUUCUUUUAUUUUUUGAAUUUUCUUUCCAUCUCUUUAAAGAUUUGUUCCAUUCUAUAUACAUAUAUAUAUUUGUAAAUUCCAAUUGUAUUAUUAUUAUUAUUUUUAUUAUUAAUUGCUGAAGACUGCUUUAAUAAUAGUCUUGCAUAAGAGUGAUACAUUCAAUAUAUUUACCGUUGUUAUUUACACAAAUGUACAAAGAGCGCAUGAUAAUUAUACAUAUUUAUAAUUUUACAUGCACAUGUACAAUAUGUAUAAAAGUCUGUAUUGAUGUAUACAUAUAUAUUAAGAGAAAAAGAGAGAAAGAAAGGAGGAUGUAUCAUAUCUAAAAUUAAUAUUUGAUUAAUAUUUGACAAUUAGUGAGCAAAAGAUAAAAUCGUUUAUUUAUAGCUGUUUUCAUUUCAUUUACGGUAUGUGUAGACUGAUAAUAUUAGGUUGAGGAAAAAAAAUCCAUUAUUUAUGUAUAUACAUAUAUACAUAAAUAAUGGAUUUCUUUUUCCUCAACCUAAUAUAUGUAAAUUAUAUGUCUCGACCGACUUUGUCCGAAUAUUUUCAGAAAAAAGUGUAUUUUACAUCGCUCUUCGAGUAAUUUUAGAAUAUUGUGCUACACUUAAGAUAUUACACAAUUAAGCUUUAGUUCUACACCUUGUUUUUAAUCGUGGUUUACCAUAUAUCUUCAACGUAAGAUCUGUUAUUCUUUUGUAAUGUUCGUUUACGGUACGUAAGCAUAAUUGUAAAAUAUACUCGUGUUUUUUAUAGUGAGAAUAAAUAGCAUAUAGCUGUUAUAUA